UAAACUUCUUCAAUCGUACAACUUGAAGUAGUAUAUUCCUUACCGUCUUCGUAUUCUUCCUCUUUCCCGAAUCAAACUUCAAAAUUCACAAUGUCAGCUAUCAAAAGAGACCGUAACGGAAAUCCUAUCACCACCCCCACUCCAAACCCUACACCCUCACCACCAACACCAACUCCCAUCAAAAUCACCAUCAUCGACAACAACCUCCCUCACGAUACCCACGACACCUACUCCAUCACCUUCGACUCCACCUUCACAAUCCAAUCCCUCUUAACCUCCACACCCUCCGUCGUCGACACCUGGCUCCUCGAAACCCUCCGCCUCCACCCCCCAUUCCCCGUCCUCGUCGGCCUCGACGUCGAAUGGCGCCCCAAUUUCAAACGCGGCCAAUCCAACCCAACCGCCGUCCUCCAGCUCUGUAUCAACAACCGCUGCCUCGUUUUCCAAAUCAUGCACUCCCCCUUCAUCCCUGUUUCCCUCUUAAACUUCCUUGCUGACUCUAAUAACAAAUUCGUUGGUGUUGGAAUCAAAGAAGAUGUUGACAAGCUUAUGAAAGAUUAUAAUAUUACCGUUUCGAAUUACGUUGAUUUGAGAAACCUUGCUGCUGAGGUCAUGGAUGAUCAUGAAAUGUUGAAGACUGGGAUUAAGAGUUUGACGCAAAAGGUGAUUGGGAAAACUCUUGUGAAACCGAAGAAGGUUUCGAUGAGUAGAUGGGAUUAUCCUUGGCUUAAUGUUGAUCAGGAUCACUAGCAGAUAGCAGAAUAUCAAGUUCUAAACCGAACAACUCUGAAUGCCCUGCUACCAGGUAUAUAUAGUCACUCUUUUUUCUAUUUGAAUUGAAUUUUUCGAAGUAUUGUAAGAUACUUAACGAUAUAUAACUGUAUUUUAGUGUGUAAUGGUGUAAUUUUAUUUUGUCGGAUGAAAUGAACAAAAUGAGAGAUUCGAGUGUGACGCAUUGAUGUGUAGGUUUUAUAUUGUAGGGAGCUGAAAAAUUUGUGUUGCAUGUUUUAAACAAAUUUGUAUAGUAUUAUUUGUAUUAGCAUAUGCAUGUAUUACUCUUAACGAGGGAACUAAAGAUAGCAUUGACAUGGCAUUGUAUGAUGUAUUAGCAUAUGUAUUACUCUUAACUUGAAUCUCUUUAUUUAAAAAAUUUCUGAGGGGUGGGGGAGUAGAAUCUAGGAAAAUCAAUUGGGUCCAUUGGAAUAAAGUGUGUCAAGAAAAAGAAGAGGGAGGGUCUGAUUGCAAAUGGUAGAGUGAGGAGAGAACAGUUCAUUGUCAUCUGGUAUGCAUGCAUUUGGAUACUGUGGGAAGGUCACAAUGACUAAACUUUCAAAUACAAAAAUGGAUCGUCGGAGACUUGGUUUGAAGAAAUAAAGUUACUGUCAUGGAAAUGGUUAACUAGCAAGCUACGGGGGUGCAACUACACUUUCAAUCUAUGUUCUUUAAAUCCUCUAGAUUGUUUGGGGAUAAAGAUUACAUAGGGGGAAAUCUAGAUAUCAGAAAAAGUAGAAAAAGUUCCAUCAUAACUGUCUUAGCGGAGUUGUUGAUGUGUAGUGUUAACUAGGCAUCCUUUAAUGUUCAUCGUCGAAUUGGUGUUAGCAAUAUGUCCCUUUAGUUGGGCUUCAAUUUUGAAUUAAAGAUUACUUUGGAGUGUUUUUAAUGUGCUUCAGGUAUUUGUAUCGGCUUGGACAUGUGUUACUUCGACAAUAGGGGUGGUUGUUCCUUGAGCAGCAUUCUACAUUAUCUGCCGCAAAUGUUUUUGCGCUCACUUUAUUCAAGUUUUUAUCAGCUUUUUUAUCUUUAAUUGGCUUCAGUUUAGCAGCUGUAGUGAGCACUUUGAUCGGCGCAAUUUGGUAUUUUUAUAGCAGGAGUUGGGCAAAACAUGAUGAGUAAUGGCUUACUAUCAUAUAUCUUAUGUUACCUUUAUGUAUUUGCAAUUCUGGGCAUAGCUAGUCUCAAAUGUAUAGAUUUUUGGAGUAGUUGUAAGUGGAAUUUAGUUGAUUAGAGCUUGUGACACUUUCAUUUAGUUUUGUAUUUCCAUUUGGUGGCACCACUGGUACCAUUUUAAUCUAA